AUGGGUAAAAAAGAUAAAAACAAAAAAAAAAUAAGUGGUAAUGAAAAAACUGCACUUAAAACUGAAAAGAAAUUGAAUGCUAAACAAAAAAAAGAAUUAGCUAAACUUGGCGAGGAUAACAUAGAAAAUAUUAUUGCUCAAAUUGAAAAAGAAGAAGCUAAAAGACAAUGUAUUAUUGAAAAAAUUGUAGCACCACCAUCUAGACGUAUAAAUUUUACUUUAACAGCACAUCCUUUCAAAGAUGAGCUUAUUAUGUUUGGUGGAGAAUUUUAUGAUGGACGAAUGACACUUGUUUAUGGUGAUAUGUUUAUAUAUAAUUUAAACAAAAAUGAAUGGAUGAUUAUAAAAGUACCUGGUGCUCCACCUCCACGUUGUGGUCAUCAAGCAAUAACUACAGCUGCAAAUAAAGGAGAAUUUUGGAUAUUUGGUGGUGAAUUUUCAAGUCCUUCAGAAUCACAAUUUUAUCACUACAAAGAUUUAUGGGUUUAUCGAUUUGCAGAGAAAAAAUGGAUAAAAAUUUUACGUCCUGGUGGACCAUCAGCUAGAAGUGGUCACAGAAUGGUUCAUAUAAAAAAACAAUUGGUAAUUUUUGGUGGUUUUCAUGACAAUUUGAAAGAUUAUAAAUAUUAUAAUGAUGUACAUAUAUUUGAUCUUGAAACAUAUAUAUGGCAUAAAAUUGAAUUAUCUGGUAUUCUACCACUUCCAAGAUCUGGAAGUAUAUUGUUGCCAGUUUCUGAAAAUAAACUUCUUUUAUAUGGUGGUUAUAGUAAGGAAAGAAUAAAAAAAGAUGUUGACAAAGGAUGCAUACAUAGUGAUAUGUUCUUAAUGAUUCCUGAAAAACAUGAUCAGACUGGUUUAAAAUGGAAAUGGAUAUCUGUAAAACAAACAGGAAUCAAAUUAUCACCACGAUGCGGCAUAUCAGCUAGCUUAAUCCAUUCAAAUUUGGUUUAUUUAUUUGGUGGAGUUUUUGAUGAAGAAAAUGAAGAAGAACUCCAUGGAAUAUUUUACAAUGACUUAUUAGUUUUAGAUUUGGAAAAAUUUCAAUGGCAUAUAGUAACAUUAAAUGGAAAAAAAAAUAUAAAUACACAACAUCGAAGAAGAAAAUCAAAGAAAGAAGAACAAGAUGAUAUUGAAAAUGAAGAUGAUAAUAAUGAAGAAAUGCAAGAAGUGCCUUCUACUUCUAUUAAUUCUACAAUUAUUAAUGAUGAUGGAAUAUUUACAGUUACAAUAGGACCAACACAAAAAACUACUAUUGAUAAAAAAGAAAACAUGUAUAAAGAUAUGUUCAUUCCAUGUCCACGAAUAAAUUGUGGACUUGUUGUAAAACAUAAUAUUUUAUAUUUAUAUGGUGGUAUGUUUGAAGAUGGAAAUCGACAAUAUACACUCAAUGAUUUUUAUAGUUUAGAUUGUCGAAAAUUAGAUGAAUGGAGAACAAUAUUAAGAGAUGAUUUAUCUUCCCAAACUUGGUAUGAUUCUAGUGACUCUAGUACAGAUAAUGAAGAUACAGAUGAUAGUAAUGAAAAUGAUCUUAUAGAUAUGCAAAUGGAUAUUAAUGAAAAAUAAUAUAUAUAUAUUAUAACAUAAAAUAAAUUGAAUUUGUUAUUUUUUAAA